AUGGGGAUGUCGUAUUUUCCGUUGGUACGAAGCUUUUGGGCGUCUGCGGCGUCUCUGGAGCUUCGUGUCGGGCGCGUGACGGUGGCCCGGGAGCUGCUAGACGAGGCGCUCCGAAGGUGGCCAAACAACACAGCUUUGCUGCUGGUGCUCGGCCUUGUUCAUGCAAACCGUCGAGAUUACGACGCUGCGUCGUACGCCUUCCGUACGGCGCUGGAGCGAGAGCCGGGUAACGCGGUGGUUCUUCACGCAUGGGCCACGGUCGAAGCUUCUCGAGGGGAUCUCUCUGCCGCUGGAUCUCGGUUCCGGGCCGCCACUCAAGCAAACCCCGAUAUGGUCCACAGCUACACAUCUUGGGCUCGGAUGGCGGCGGCCGCGGGCGACGAGGCGGCGGCGACGCGGCUGUUCCAGGAGGGCUAUGCGGCUGACCCCAUGCACGUGCCGCUGCUGCAUGCCUGGGCGACGUUUGAGCUCAACCGUGACAAGCAGAGCACAGCUCGGAAGCUGCUAACUCAGGCUCUACAGUUGGACCCGUACCACGUGCCUAGUUGGAUGGCAAUCGGCUCUCUGGAGUGGCGGCAGGGCAAUCCCGCGAAGGCGCGUGAGGUGUUUGAGCGCGGGCUGUCGAUGGUGGGUCCAAGUGCUCCGCUGAUCAGCGCGCUGGCGGAGUUGGAGCUUCGAAGCUCCAACACGAAGAACGCCAGGGAGCUGUUCGCCCGGCUGCGGAUCACGGCUCCUAGCCACAUCCCCGCGCUGCUGUCUGAAGCCAAGAUGGAGCAUAGAGCUGGCAACAGGACGCGAGCACAGCAACUGUACGGCGAGGCAGCGGCGGCGUUGGCGGCGGGUGUUCUGCAUCUGGCAGAGGGCGACGUCGCCUUGGCUGAGGAGCUGUUGGCGGCGGUUGAGGCGGUUGAACCGAACAACGGUCACAUGUGUUAUACACGCGGGUUGUUGUGUCAGCGAGAGGGCGCCCUGGCGGCCGCAGAGCAAUGGUUUCGGAGAGGGCUUGUCUGUCGUACAAGUCGUGAUGGUGCGCUACUCUGCUACGAGGGCUUUGCGGAACUCCUUGCUUUUCAGGGCCGCAAGGACGAGGCGCGGGGGGUGUGGCAGGCCGGUACGACAGCCGUACAGACGCCCACUUCGCGUUUCCUUCGUCAGGCAGCGCUGUUUGAGAAGAAGGAACGCAACCAUGCGGCGGCAGCGGCCCUUUUCGCGGCGGCAGUGCGACGCGACCCGCAGGACUAUCGGAGCUGGCUUCAGUGGGGCGUGUUUGAGAGCCGGCAGCGGAAUUGGGAUGCCGCUGAGAGGUGCUUCCAGCAGGGCACCGCUGUGGCGCCUGGAUACCCCUACCUCUGGCUUGCUUACGCGUCCAGCCUGGUGGUACAACGUCGUAUUCCGGACGCCCGCGCCGUACUGCGUACGGCAACCCAGCACUGUCCCCGUCACGCGCAGCUGUGGAUGGAAUGGGCUUUGAUGGAGGCUGCGGCUGGUGACGCAGACGCAGCUCGAAGGCUGUUUGAAAAGGGAGCGGAGGUGCCGCCCAACUACCAGCACGAGCCGCUAUAUCAGGCUUGGGGGGCGUUCGAGGAGAAGAUGGGCAACCGCGCCUUCUCCAAGCAGCUCCUGCAGCGAGCCGAGCAGGUAUCGCAAGCGCACCGGGCACGUCGCCUGGCGGCGGAUAAGAAGACAGCCGGUAGCGGCACUGCAGCUAGCGCCGUGUCUCCCUCCUGA